UUCCUGUUCGGUGUCAGUAUGUCGGGCAGUAGGAAAGCCCGAUUAAUGGCGAACACUUUGGAAACCGCUAUAACCACACCGAGCGAGAAAAUCCUCAAAGAAUGUCACACUCUGUAUAUCGACGACGAAAACGGCCUUGUGAAAAUAGCCUCCAGGCUAGGCCUGAGAUUACUGCCACCUCGAAAGAAGAUCAUCGUGAUGAUUAUGGGAAAUCACUCUGCUGGGAAAAGCUCCUUUAUUAACUGGUAUAUCGAGGAGCACAUUCAGAAAACAGGUGUUGCCAUAGAAACGCAAGGGUUCACGUUCAUAACCAGCGGAAGGAAACGAGAAUCACUAACUGGCAAUGCCACACUGCAUCUUUACCCACAUUUCCGGCCGCUCCUGGAGUUUAAAGGACUCACGGACUACCUGUCUGCUGAAAUCUCCACCUCGAAGCAGAAGAAGUUCAGCCUGGUGACGUUUGUAGACACGCCGGGGUUGGUGGACGGAGACAUGGUGUAUCCUUUCGAUGUCAAUGGCGCCAUCACGUCUUUUGGCGAGCAGGCAGAUCUGAUCUUCGUGUUUUUCGACCCGAUGGGCCAGGCGCUGUGUAAGCGAACACUCAACAUCGUGGAAAAGCUGAGCGAGAAAUGCGGAGACAAAUUACGCUUCUACCUCAGUAAAGCUGACGAGGCAGGACGGGAGACGGACAGACAGAGAGUAAUGAUGCAGAUAGUUCAAGAGCUGUGCCGCAGGCCAGGACUCAACAAAUGCGGCUUUGAAAUGCCGACGAUAUACAUCCCCAAUCCGCAGAGACCGAGCAGGUGCGUGAAUCAGAUCGACGAGGUGUGCGAGACAAUAGAGAAGAGCAUUAACCAGGCGGUGCAGAAGACUUUGGACCAGCUGGAGAAAGAUUGUGACCUCAUCGCCUUCUCAAUCAGCAAUAAGCUGGAGCAGGACAGGAGUAACGCGAGUUAUAAUAAGAGCAGCCGCUUUAACGCCUUCCUGUGCGGCUUUCUGGCCAUCUUCUUUCCCACUGUCUUCAUCAUCAGCUUCAUCAAUACGUUUGUCCCGGAAGAGCUAGGAGCACUGGUGGGGGAGGGGCUUGCCACGACGCUCUCCGUAACUACGGGAAUAGUGCUGUAUCUGUGGGAGUGGAUCCCUGAAGACGGGCAGGUGGUGGCUGUGAUCAUCUUCGGUGCGACGUGCUACUUUUUCCUUUUCCUCGCAAGAUAUUUUGCGCGCCAGCACAGUAAAACUCUCACCAAGAAAGAGAAGAAGAAUCUGAUGGAAUACAGUGAAUAUGUUAAGGAUGUCCUCAAAGCCAAAAAGAAGAAACUCUACGAAGAAUAUCUGAAGCAGUGCGCGACCGAAUACGACUUCAACUGAACACGAACUGUCCGAAGCGACGUCGAAGACUCCUGAACAACGUGAAAUUCGCAGCAGGAAAAUGUAGCAAGCGCAUCUUCAGGUUCAAUCUUAUCUCAUGACCGUUCACUAUUGUGGUAUAUUUAUAAAGGGUGUAAGCUAUAUAUUUCGUACAUAUUGGAUGUACUUCAACUUCAUAAAUGAUAAAAAUACUCAGUGCCUUUUUCUUUUAGUGUUGAAUGAACGAUCUUGAGAACUGAACACCAGCCUGUAUGUAUUUGUAUUUUUAUUUUUUCUCCUGCAUCUGUUUCAUUCAGUCAGCAGAAUAGUAUUGUUUACAAGUCAGAAAGCCGCACUGAUUCAGUGACGCAAAGUUUUAGCACGGAUUUGGAGCCAGAUAGCAAAUAAGCUCGAUGGAUAAAUGUGACUCUGUUCCUGAAGACGGACAGGAUUUCCUUUUUUCAACCAAGUUAAUAAUAUAAUAGACUGUGAUUCUGAUCGAACAAAGCUGCCUUUUUUCAUCAGUCACUCGUUCAUAUCAGUUUUGUUUUUUCUUUUAGAAAUUGUGAAGAUUUAAUGCAUACGUGUCGGGUUUUUCGUGUUUUUAUUUUUCUAGGUGAUCUUGAUUAUGCUGUGGUCUUAAUCUUAAAGUAAAAUCCUAGUCGUUUUACUUUGCUUGUAUAAGACUAUUAUCGAAAAUUCAAUACCAUUUCAAAACUGCACUCUAUUCCCUGUAGCGUGAGUGGGGUGGUGUUCGUUUUUUUUUUUUUGGUCAAUUUAUAUAUUUUUACUCUUGUUUUAGGAUGCACCGAAUACACUCACCGGCCACUUUAAAGGAACAGUCCACCGUACUUCCAUAAUGAAAUAU